AUGGUGGGAUGUGGGUACCCAGAACUGUACCGGGAAGAGGGGUCGAGCCUAGGUGGGGAAUGUACGGGUCGGGUUGCUGGGGGGUUGUCUGCCCAGGCUUUGUGGGCUGAGAUGGUGGUGCAAUGGGAUCCGCUGCUAGGAGAACAUGGCGGGGGAGUGAAAGGACCAGCUAGCAGCGCUCGUUGUUGUUACCCGAGCCGGGCACACCCCCUUCCUCUCCCACGCCAAUCGCCAUGCGAGGAUGGCGUGAGUGGCACGCCUCUCUACCAGCAACCGCCAAUCCCGGUGGAACGGCGACCACCCUGGCCACGCCUUGGCCAAUCGGAGGCGAAACAAACAUUUGGGGCCACGCCUGCUUCCGCAGGCCACCCAAUCAAAGCAGAUGCAAACAGUGGCUACGCCCCAGUCUCCGAGUCACGGGCCUACAGUGCGAGGCGAACGGGCGGUUUUCCUUGCCAAAGAAGGCGCCCAAUCGGGAGACACAUAGGCAGCCAUGGUCACGCCCCCGCGCACAAGGCAGCCAAUCGAGCGGGACGUAAACAGGCAGCGGCGCGCCCCCUGGUGGGCGGUGGCAUGCCGGUGGGCAGGCACGCGUCGCCUGUCAUGGAGGAGCCGGCGCUGCGGCCCGCGGCGGCCGCCGGUUUCCCAGCCGCGGAGGAGGAGGGACCUGGUAGUGAGCCUGAGGGGCGGAGGCGGGACGAGCGGAGCCUGGAGGCGCUGAGCCUGGCCGCCGGCGGCGGGGCAGCGGCGGGGCGGCAGCUGUUGGAGGGGCGGCGGGCGACGCUGGCGAGCGCCCUGGAACUGGAGGGAACGGUGCUGCGCGAGGGGCGCCUGACUCAGUUCGUAGCCAACAACCUGGAGCGGCGGAUCCGGCUGAGCGGUGCCCCACGGGGCGAGGCGGCCGCGGGAGGCGGUAGCUCCAUCCCCGCCAUCGAUCCCGGGGCGCUGCAGGACGUGGUGGCCCUGGCCGGGCAGGUGGCGGCGCAAGUGGACGAGCUGCUGCGGAACGUGCACUGCGGCCUGCAGGCCCUGACGGCGCUCAGCGUCGGCUGCAUCCAGACCUACCGCGAUGGGGUGGAGAGUCUGGGCGAGGCGGCCGACCUCAGCAUCCGCGCUAUGUACGCGCUGGUGGCGCGCUGCGAGGAGCUGGACCGUGCCAUGCAGCCCGUGCCCGCCUUGGCCAAGCGCAUCCGUGACAUGAAGGGUACCCUGGAGCGGCUGGAGGGGCUCUGCAAGUAGGGCUGCCCCGGCGGAGGUCACUGCCCCGCUGCCGUUUUCGCUGUCACCAGGAUGCCGAGCAAGGAGUCGCCCGCCGAGGCUAGAAGAAACAGGGCCUCGCCGUCGCCCUUGCUGUACCAGCAGCGCUCCCGCUACGCCUUCGCCGAGCUCUGGAGGGCAGCUUGGCCGCCCCACCCUGCCAGGCUUCCCACCGGGGCUGCUGCUGCCCUGCCUCUCCAGUAGACCUGUCAGCGGGCGCGCACACGGCGUCGUGUUUAGCAGCCCACCUACACAUCCUUCCUCUCUGUGCCCCUCUAUCUGACUAGCCGACAUUUGUGGCCAGUUCGCUGUUACUAAUUUGGAGGAAUUUUUUUCAACAGAUGAAAGCGAAGGUCCCAGUUGAACUCGCGGGGUAAAUGGCAGACGGUGCUUUUUAGCUUCAGCUCCAUUAAAGAAGUUGGUUUCCACAUGCCUUAUGCUUUCUAUUUAUUGAGGGCUAGGAAGAAGUAACCAAACUUAAGUAAAAGCAGCUGUUGAUUUGUUUUGUUUUUAAACAAAUUUGAAAUUGUUGUGGAUAAUUGCUUGAUGCUUACAGGCAUACAUGUUUAUUCGUAGUUGACUUGGUGCCUGACAAGUAAUUCUCACUUCUGCCAUUCUAGCCAGUAAACACACAGAACACUGCUGUCUCUUACAGGACACAGUUUUAUGAGAAGAGGGAAUUAUAUAUAACAGAGACACUUGCUUUCUGACAGCAGUAUAAAAUCCAUGGUACAGAAUUGAGGUUCAGAUAAGAGUAAAUCUAUAUACAAAGUUCUAAAUAAAAGCCUUCAGAUAAAGGAUGCUUUGCCUCUUAAUCUCUACAAUUUUCACAUACAAAGUUUAAAAGGCAUCACUCUGAAAUGUUCCUGGGAUUUUGUUGUGGUUUUCUUUUCAGUUGGGAAAAUAAUCUUAAUUAGAUAGGGAACAUGAACGUGUGAUGAUAUUACUUGGAUGUAUGACUGCCAUAAAAUGAGUUCCUUGAGAGAAUUUAUUUGUAUAACUUGAAGCUUCUGUAUAUGCCUCAUUAUGCAGAGGUGAUUUUGCUUUAUUAAAGUAUUUCCUCAGGGGCCUGAGAGUAGCUGAAUACUGACUAUGGUUCCUAUGUGACUAGCCUCUCAAACGAUGCUUGUGACCCAUUUAGGUCACAAGUGCCCUUGUAACAAGAUGUCA